AUGACUGUCCUGGGGGGCAACGAGGCCCCCACAGCUGCUGAUGUUUCGAGGGUUUUGGAAGCAGUGGGUGCGGAGGUAAACCCUGAAGUUCUCAAAACCCUAAUUGACGCCAUGCAGGGCAAAGCCGCCCACGAGGUGAUAUCUGCGGGUCUGGAGAAGCUGCAGAAGGUGCCGUGUGGCGGCGGUGCAGCAGCAGCAGCACCUGCUGCUGCUGCUGCUGCUGGCGGCGGCGACAGCAGCAGCGCAGCAAAGGAGACUAAGAAGGAAGAACCUGAAGAAGAAGAAGAAGAUGGAGACAUGGGUUUGUCUCUCUUUGAUUAA